GAAAUGCCUCUUUUGUGUUUAUGGUGAUAUCUGUUAUUAGGCUGCUCGGUGGACGCGGCUGUCCCCAGCACGGAGACGGACGGACGGACCCGUGUUCAGGACACGCGCGGUGCUUUUCUGGCUCCGCGGGAAACGCGAGGAAAUCGGUGACUGGUCGUUUGGCGCCCAGACAGCAGCGGCUCGGACCGGCAGGUUGACGGUUGGAUCUCCGUGUGUCUGACCCGCCAUUAGCGAGCGACAGGACGCCCACCCCCCUCAGAGGAACGGCUCUGCGGAUUCACACCGUGAAUGUUCCCGCCGACAUGUCGGGCUGCUGCUGGACGCGGAGGAUAAACGGGCGCAGCUGCUUCUGAGCCAGCGGUUUCGGUUUGGCUAGCAGCUAGCCCUGCCACCGAGCCAGGACAGUGUGAACCGGUGCAGACGAGCAGCGUCUUCCUCCCCUCCCGUCUGACUGCUGCAGACCUCGUCCAUGUCUGAGCUGUGGGCCUAAAACUAGGCUGAAGGUUGGAUCUGUCCAAUGACCUGCCAGUCCUCCGAGUCCACAGAAACCAUCGAGAGAGACAGACGAGCCAACAACAACUCCAGGGCUGUGGAAUCGGACGAGAGCCGCAUCGCCUUAGCCAUGAAAGACCUGAAGAACACAGGCUGGUACUGGGGCAGUCUGACCGCUAACGAAGCCAAAGAAAUCCUUCAGGACGCGUCGGAGGGCACCUUCCUGGUCCGGGACAGCUCUCAGAGGGAUUAUCUGUUCACCAUCUCCGCCAUGACGUCGGCGGGUCCCACCAACCUGCGAAUCGAGUAUAAACAUGGGAAGUUCAAGCUGGACUCAGUGGUCCUGGUGAAACCCAAGCUGAAGCAGUUUGACAGCGUGGUCCACCUGGUGGAGCACUACGUCCAGCUGUCCAGGACCAGCGACAAGGCAGCGUCGAACUCUCAGCCCUCAGCAGCACUGCCCAACGGCACGGUGCAGCUGCUGCUCACCAAACCCGUGUACACCGCUACGCCGUCGCUGCAGCACCUGUGUCGCAUCACCAUCAACAAGACGACGCGGCAGGUCCAGGAUCUGCCGCUACCCAACAGACUGAAGGACUACCUGACGGACUACGCCUACAACGUGUAGACACGGAGCGGGACUGCAGCUCACUGUGGAGUAAUACCAGUGCAAUGCAUCAGCUGUGUGCAACAACCAUCUGACUACUGACCAGUCCCAUCAUCUGCUCCUGCAGGAACCCGCAGGUCGAAGGGACACGCAAUAACCAGCGGUGAGUCUUCAUCGCCACAGGCUGAGAUCUGGGGUCGGUGUCUGAGCCCGGGGAAGAACCACGGCAGGAUCUCUGGAGGAGCAGAGUCCGAUUCCUCAUCGCAGCAAAAUCACUUUAGAAAGUAACGUCCCUGACACGCUGCUGCACACACACCUGUGACACACACGCCGCCGCAGUGUGUAGAUCUGUAUGAUGGAGCCGUCAUCUCUGCCCUGUGGUACUGAACCCAGAGAAACUUCCAGAGAAACUCCAACACAGAGCAGAGUGAAAAAUGACCUGAUGACAAUAAAACAUUUGUUUUAAUUUGUUUGAAUAAAAUAAGAAAUCGUUUCAGUUUCCCACAGACAAAGGUGACGUCUUCAAACGUGCAGAAACCCAGAGAUUCAGCUUCCUGAGGAACUGAAAAUGAAAAGUGAGAGAAACAAUCGAAUCAUCAGUGAAUCGAAUUGAUCAGUUUCUCAUUAAAGACAAAGGAAACUACAAACCUGAACAACAAAGACACACUGAUUAAAAAUGAACAGAAACUAAACUUAACCCAUAGAGAAGAAUAUUUCUGAAGCCUGGUUUUUUUCUUUAGACACAGGAAUCGCAGCCAUCUGAUUGGCUGAUUGACAACCUGUGACCAUGAAAAGUUCAUCUCCGGCCAAACGAAUCGAGGUUUCCUGAUCGAUGUGCAGCGUAGCAAACAAACAGACGUCCUCUGAACAAACGUCAGACUUGCAGCUUUAAAAAGUCUGCGUUUGACUCUGUGGUCCCGGGUUCGACUUUGUACCUGCUGGAUGUAGUACUCCACAACGCUCGGCCAAUCAAAUCACAGGAAAACACAGCACCUGUUAGUACUGCUCUGUGGUACUACGAGCUUCCCGUUCACAGGUUCAGAGAAAUCGAUUCUUUUGUCCAGUUUUCAUUUGUUUCCAACACAGUUCACAAAACAGUGAACAAAUGUUAAAAAUCGUUUGUUUUUAGGAUUCCCUCUGAUCUGCUGCCCACGGGUGCAGCAGACUGUGGAAACCAGUUACUUAAUGUAACUACAGUUCCAUGAACUCCUGUGGUGGAUUCAGUGUCAUUUGUUCAAACUAUACUUUAGUUUUUUUCACUUCAGACAAAGAUGAACGUCUCCUCAGAAUUCAGUCGCCUCCCUCAGUUUAUUUCUCUGACUCGAGGUCCAGGUCAUCCUCCAUGUUGGAUCAGUUUUCAGGUGGACGGGGCAGUAGAAGGUGAUUUGGUCAUUUAACAGUGGGUCUCUCAGGUAAAUGGGACUUUGUUAUUGCACAUGUUUGCCCACAGUUUUGAUGCUUUACUGUUGCAUCUGACACUGUGUCGACUCUACAUGCUGUUUCUGUUAAUAUCUCUUUUUUUAAUGCUCUUCUUUUGUUUUUAUUUUUAUAUGGAGGGCUAAUCAUUGAGGGGAAGUUUUCUCUUCCAUUAUUUUCUCCUUCAGCUACAAUUUCACGGUGAUAAAGUGGGUGAACACCAGCCUCCUGUUCUGGUCUGCAUGCUAAAUGAAUAAAUCUUUAUUACUGAACAUAAAACACAAUGAGUAGGACAAUAACUCUGCAGAUCUGUGUACAUAUCACAGCUCUGGGCCUGUUUGAUUUUUUAUAAAUAUUUAUUGAUUGUGUCUCACUGUGUUUUCUGGUACAUUUUUGUAAAGAAGCUGCACAGACUCUGAAAGCAUGCGUCGCUGCUGCUGUCAGCGGUCAGUAAACUGUGCAGCAGCUCUGCCUCUGUAAUGUUGAUCAGCUCCAACCAUGAGAUAAAUAAAUUUUUUAUAUGGUG